CUAUACAGUAGUAGUAGAUGUGGGUAGGCAGGGAUGGAGAAUUCUUCUCAUUCAAAACUUUCUUACCUUUCAUCCAUACUCUAAUUUGGACAUACUUUACCCUUUCCCUUACAACGAGGAGAAUAAUCCAUCGUCAUGUUAGCUGCUCGUCGUUGUUUGAGCGGUCGUACGGCAGCCACUUUACCUCGCCUUUCCGGUAAUGUGAUCAGCCGUCGUUCGCUAUCAAUCGCACCAAAUGCAUUACGUUUGGCAAACAGUUCACAUUCAUCAAAUUUGAAGGCUGACCUAUCGAGCGCUCCUCUAAUGGUCUCUCAACGUUCCAAUUUCCAUGUCUCUGCUUUGCAAAUGGCUGAAACCGUCAAAGUUCCUCAAAUGGCAGAAAGUAUUUCAGAAGGUACACUAAAACAAUGGAAUAAGAAAAAAGGUGAUUACGUCAACGCAGAUGAAGAAGUUGCAACGAUUGAAACCGACAAGAUUGAUGUUUCUGUUAAUGCACCCAAAUCCGGUACUAUUGUUGAUACAUUCGCCAAUGAAGAAGAUACCGUAACUGUUGGACAAGAUUUGUUCUCAAUCGAAGAAGGUGAAGCACCCGAAGGUGGAUCUAGCGGAGGCGCUCAAGAAGAGAGCAGCGGAAAGGGAGAAGAAGAGGAUGGAAAGAAGAAGGAAGAGGAGCAACAACAACAACAACAAGAACAGGAACAAAAGCAAGAACAAGAACAAGAACAGAAAGAUCAACAGAAACAACAAAAACAAAAGCAAGAUGCACAAAAGAAAGAGCAACAACAAAAGGAUACAAAGAAGUCAAGCGAAAAGAAACCUGAACCAUCUUCCAAAUCUCAAUCAUCUUCUGCUAAAUCCGAACAAGCUCCUUCUCAACCCGGAUCGCGCGAAGAACGCAGAGUAAAGAUGUCACGUAUGCGUUUGCGUAUCGCUGAACGUCUCAAACAAUCACAAAACACUGCUGCAUCUUUGACAACGUUCAAUGAAGUAGACAUGUCUGCUUUGAUGGGAUUCCGUGCACGUCAUAAAGAUCGUCUACUAAAAGAGACUGGAAUUAAAUUGGGCUUCAUGGGCGCAUUCGCAAAAGCAAGUGCAUUGGCAUUGAAGGAAAUUCCAGCAGCAAAUGCAAGCAUCGAAGGUGAAGGAUUAGGUGAUACAAUCGUUUAUCGUGAUUACGUUGAUUUGGGUGUUGCCGUUAGUACCGAUAAAGGAUUGGUUACGCCCGUUGUAAGAAAUGUUGAAAGUUUGGGCAUGUUGGACAUUGAAAGAUCCAUUGCUGAAUUAGGAAAGAAGGCAAGGGAUAACAAAUUAACAUUGGAAGAUAUGGCAGGAUCUACAUUCACAAUCAGUAACGGUGGUGUAUUUGGAAGUUUGUUCGGAACUCCAAUUUUGAACUUGCCUGCAUCUGCCAUUUUGGGUAUGCACGCUAUCAAGGAAAAACCAUGGGUCGUUGAAGGAGGCAAGAUUGAAGCUCGUCCAAUCAUGGUCAUCGCAUUGACUUACGAUCAUCGUCUCUUGGACGGUAGAGAAGCUGUCACAUUCUUGGUCAAGCUCAAACAAUACCUCGAAGAUCCAGGCUUGAUGGCACUUUAAGCAGCGCUAAACGUAUUUCUCUGUAAAGAUCAGGGCAAAUUUUUCAUAUAAACCAAAUGUCCAUUAGAUUAUUAGCAUUCCUGAAGUAAGAAAAAUGUCUAUGAAAGGCAAGAGAGUAAGUUAUGAAGUUUUUCAUCGACGGCUUUCUGUUGAUCUGCCGAAGCGUCAGGAUUGAGGUUUGGAACAGAUACAGAGAUGGAAUUCGUACAUCCAUGUGAGCUAUCUCUGAAUACGCUUGAUUCAGUCGGAAGCU